AGUCCAGCGAAGGACUUAUUCUGGGUUGUUUCUCUGAGAAUUAGACAUCUGGCUUUUUUGAUAUACCAGAGAAGAACGUGCUAUGUGGCUUUCUGAUAAACCGUGUUGCUGAGUCAUGGAUGGGAGGUCUUUACAGAGAUCCCCCUCUUGCUUGUAGCAGGUUACUCUGCACCUCGCCACAACUUCUGGCUUAGCCUCCUGAAAGAAGAGAGGAAAAGCAAAACCACUUCCAACCGAUGGGCUUUGAGCCACGCAGGGCCACCAUCUCUCCUAGACAGGCCCUGCCCUGAAAAAUUCCCCACUGCGUUGGUGGUGAAGGCUGGUGGUAAACAGACGGUGGUGGAAGAAAGUUCUCAGCAACAGUUGGUGGCCAGCUAAAGAGAGGAUGGCAAGUUGGCUUCGUAAUCCCCUAAAGGAACCAGAGAUUGAACUGUUUGUAAAGGCUGGCUUGGAUGGGGAGAAUAUUGGAAACUGCCCCUUCUGUCAAAGCCUCUUUAUGGUGUUAUGGCUGAAAGGUGUCAGAUUUAAUGUCACAACUGUGGAUAUGACAAGGAAACCUGAUGAGCUGAAGGAUUUGGCCCCAGGCAUCAAUCCUCCAUUCUUAGUGUUCAACAAGGAGCUGAAAACGGAUUUUCUGAAGAUUGAGGACUUUCUGGAGCAGACACUCUUGCCACCUAAGUACCCACAGCUCACUCCCAAAAACAAGGAGUCCAUGGAUGUGGGCAGAGACAUUUUUGCCAAGUUCUCUGCAUACAUCAAGAACCCUCAUAAAGAAGCAAAUAAAAAUUUGGAAAAAGCUUUGCUGAAAGAGUUCCAACGCUUGGAUGAUUACUUAAGAACCCCUCUGCCAGAAGAAAUUGACCAAAAUUGUGCAGAAGACAUUCUGGUUUCUGAGCGGAGGUUCUUGGAUGGAAACUGGAUGACCUUAGCAGACUGCAACCUGCUUCCAAAACUCAACAUCAUCAAGAUUGCUGCAAAGAAGUAUCGCAACUUUGAGAUCCCCUUGGAGAUGACGGCACUGUGGCGCUAUCUGCACAAUGCUUAUGCCCGGAAUGAAUUCAGCCACACUUGUCCAGCUGAUGAGGAGAUCGAGCGCACCUAUGCCAGCGUGGCUAAGAAGAUGAGCUAAAGACCAGGUUCUGGAAGUUGGUGCCUGCAAAUGUCUGCCAGGGAGUUGGGUGUGCAAUACUGACCCCAAACUGGACACUCUUAACAUACUAGUCCUUAAAAAAAAAUCCUUUGUAUUUUUUAGGGGGAGAAUCAUUCUACUCAGCUUCUUCUGCCAAAUCUUUCGCCCAUGAGUUGACUGUAUAUAUUGGAUUCUUCUUUGGUGUUUCUUCUUCCGCCUGCACCCCUUUUCAUGGAGCAAAAGUAGCUAAAUUUGAUCCCCCAACAUGGUGAGUCCUAGGCUCUGUCCAGCCAGCAACACACAAGAGAUGCCAGGGCAACAAGGCAGUUCUUCAACACUUCCGAUACUAAGAAAUAUUGGCUGAUAAAACACUGCCCUAUUGAGGAACAUUAGGUGCCUCUGUGCCUGGGAACGGUAUUUUUCCCACCCAGACUUCUAGGUUGGGGGCUGUGAAUAGCCUGAGCACCAUCCUUGUUUUUGCCGCUCUUGAACACCAAAGGUGCCCUCUCUGGUUGACGAGAAGAAGCUCUGAAAAACGUCUGCACGUGAUGCACUUGGAACACUGAGGGUUGAGCAGACCCUGCCCUGUUGAGGACCCUUGUCCUUCUCCUGGCCAGGGCUGAAGCAAGCAGUGGGUGAGGCUAUAGUCCAAAAGGGUUGGGCAAGCUAGUCUCUCCUCCCUUGGUCUUCCUGCCCUUUCUUGUUCUCUUUCUGAUCAGCAGCAUGCAGCUACUGUAGAGAAGACUCAGAAAGUUCUUUUCGCAGAUCUGAAUGAAUUGCUUGCAGAAAGCUCUUAAAAUCAGGGCAAGGGCUGCCUCGCACCCUAGGGCUGUAAGUUCCCCACCUCUGCCUGAACCCUUUUCAAGGGUUGGCUUGUGUUAAUCUCCCAGCCCUUCUCUGCUCUUAGGAGGAAGAGCUGGUAAAAGUAAAUAGAAAGCAGCUGUGGUGGAACCAGCCCUCCUUAGCUCUUAGGUGGGUGUGGUUUGCCUGCUUUAACUUGUGAGAAUGUAUUGGUAGGGCAGGUUUGUAGGCUUCCGAAAAGGAAAUCAAGAGCUGAGAAGGAAGGCAGGAAGGAAGGAAACUGCCAAGCGGGAGAUCUCAGACUCGGCGCUGCUGAAAGUCACGGCAGGUUGAAACCGCCCGAGAUCAAGCCCACCUGGCCCGAGGCAUCCUCGCUUCACAAAUGCAAACUCGAGGCUCACUGGCUUUGCUCAGCAAUGCAGAGUGAAGCCAAAGGGCUCAGAGAAGCUACUGCAGUUGGGCGAAAUGCUCUUUUUCAAGACCAGAGCAGGGAGCCUUUAGUCUGGGGAGACUAUCCUGAAGGAUUUGGGGGGAGAAGGAACAAGGGCCCCAAUAGGUGAGAUGGUGGUGCAGAGGGGGCUGAGGAGUGACUCUUUUUAUAAAAAAAAAUUGGGUGUUCAUUUCUUCUUUCUCCUUUCAACUGCAUUAAAUCUAUUCUAGGGCUUGUAUGAGAAAGUGGGCCCAUUUUGCCCCUGAUUUUCCGCAGUCGUGCCCGUGAAAUCCAGAGAUGUGGAUGGAGGCGAUGCUGGGGGAACACUGUAAAAGAAAAAGGAUCCAGGGUCAUUGGAACUUGGGAUUAGCAAAUAGCCCACCCUCAUUUUAAAUACCAGUAGUCCUUAUUUAGUGACCACAAUUGGGACCAGCAAUUUGGUUGUUAAGUGAAGAGGUUGUUACCCGAAACCAUGACUGUGCAUAUGAUCUGACUUCAGCUUUCUUUUGCUUCAUAGACCGGCAAAGGUCAUAAAUGUGAGGGCUGGUCAUAAAGUUACUUUUUCAUCAUUGUCGUAACUGAGAACAGUCACUAAAAGAGGCAGUCACUAAAUGAGGACUGUCUGUAAUAGGGGACAGUGACAUGUGUAAGAAGGAUACCCUGAGCUGGAGGUGGAAGCAGAUCUAUGUAUCCCUGGGGUGACUGACAGCAAUACUCCCAUUAAUCUGGUCUGUACAUUAUCCUAAACGAGUGUUUCUCAACCGUGACCGCUUGAAGAUGUGCGAAUUUCAACUCUCAACUCCAAAUUCUGGGAGUUGAAGUCCACACAUUUUCAAGUGGCCAAGGUUGAGAAACACUGUCCUAAACCAUCAUAGGGUAUGUUUGUUUUUAUCUUAGCAUAAUAUGCAAAUCCUGUGGUUUAUUUAACAAGCUAGUUUUUGCUUGCCUGGUUGGGACUUUAGAGACUGUUACAACCCUGUUUACCAUUUUGCAACAACGAUGUCCCGGCUCCUUGGUGUCAAGGCUGUACCUUGCGGCCUCUCUCGGGGGACAAGCGUCUUGCAAGUUGAAGUUGUCCAGCAUACAAAUAGGUAACAUAACAAGAUACUGUACAUGAAUAAUAAAAGCAGAGAUAGAAGUAUUCAUAAAUUGAGGGAAAUUGGGAAAUUGAGUAUGACUGAAGAGCAAAUGCCUUGGAAAGACCUAAUCAUUUUUCUGAGUUUCUUAUGUGAGAGAUGCAUUAGGAGUCACAAAACACUACGUCACAAUAUCUAUAAGAGCUUUUCAACUUCCUCUGCAGCAAAGAAAGGAAAAUCCUGGGCUUUAAAAAAAAAGAAAAUAGAUGUGUCUGUUUACUUUGUAUUACUGUAAUGAUAAUAAACUUUAUUUUAU